AUGGAUCCGCAGGAAACAGCAGCAGCAGCAGCAGCAGCAGAGCCUAAAGGCGCUGUUUCAAUCUGCCUCCCCGCAGAGGCGCAGCGGGCGCUGCCGCUGACCAUCAAAUGGAGAGUUCCGGCCGGCAGCCACGUGGUCGAGGGCCAGGUGCUCGCGCACCUCUUUCCGCCCCCUGCUGCUGCUGCUGCUGCUGCUGAGAAUGGCGGUGAAGGUGCAGCAGCAGCAGCAGCAGCAGACGCAGCAGAUGCACACAGGAAGGAAACGGCAACGGCCGCAGAGUCACCUGCAGCGCCGGCAGCGGAAGCAGCAGCUGUAAGCCCAGCAGCACGUCCUGGAGCAGCAGAAGCAGCAGAAGCAACAGAAGAAGCAGAAGCAGCAAAGGCAACGGAAGCAGCAGAUUCAGUUGGACCAGCAGCAGCGGGAGAAGCAGCGCGUGCUAGGGAAGCAGCCGGAUCCGCAGAAGCACGAGGAGCAGCAGAAGCAGCAGCAGCCGAUGCAGCAGAAGGAGGCGCACCAGAAGCAGCAGCAACAGGGACAGCAGCAGCAGCAGCAGCAGAUGGAGGGCCGCCUGCUGCUUCCGAGUUUGUGGUGCGCGCCCCUGUGUCUGGAGUUCUUUGCAAGUUGUCGGUUUUGAACAAUGAAAUUAUUUCCAGCAGCACCGAGCUGGGUGCGGUGGCGGCGACGGCGUGCGAGCACCCGCUGGCUGUGGGGGGCAUCUGCCUCUGCUGCCUGGCGGCCGUGGGUGCCGCGGCGGAAGGGAAGGUCCAGGCCGGCUUUCUCUCCGCCCAGCGGGAACUCCGGGUGGACGUACACAUGGCCAAAAAGCUGGAGAGAGAGCGCGUUAUUUCCCUUAUCAACCGGAGAAAAUUGUGUCUCGUGUUAGACUUAGACAACACUUUGCUGCAUGCGACUUCGGUGCCACCCCCCGUGGACUGCCUCCCCACAAUUCUGUUAGAUGACUUUGCCCCCAAGCCGGAUAGGCAGCAGCAGCAGCAGCACCAGCAGCAGGCGCAGGAAGCAGCAGACGGGACGACAGGAGCUGCUGCAGCAGCAACUGACGCAGCAGCGCCUGGAGAGGCUACAAAUGCGGAGGCAGAGAGAGGGCCAGACGGAAACCCACAAGGGGAACAGCCCAGCAGCAGCAGCAGCAGCAGCAGCAGCAAGAGCAGCAGAAGCAACGGCAGCAGUUCGUCGCGCUUCAGCGCUCCCCAGCAGCAGACGUGGGAGGAGGUUUGCUUCCCCCCCUGCAGCAGCAGCAGCAGCAGCAGCAGGGAGUACCCGCACUACCGCACAGAUGCUGCUGCUGCUCGCAUUGUGUCUCUUUUGGAGUCUUCCGUCAUUUGCUGCCGAGUGGCUGCUGACGAAGGAGACACUUGGGGCCCUCCCUACCACCGCAGCGUCAUUAAGUUAAGGCCCGGCAGCAUUUCUUUCCUAAGGGAGAUGUCCCGCCACUUCGAGCUGUUCCUGUACACGAUGGGGACUUCGACGCACGCGAAAACAGCGCUGCGGCUGCUGGACCCCGCGCUGCGCUUCUUCGGGCCCCGCGUCUUCACGCGCGGCGACAGCGUCGGCGGCCUCAAAAGCCUGCGGCGGAUCUUUUCGCUGGGCAGCAAACUGAGCGUUGCAGUGGACGACCUGCAGCAGAUUUGGAAGGAAGCAAACCAGUGCGUGCAGGUCCACGGCUACUUCUUCUUCGCCGAAGCAGCAGCAGCAGCAGCAGCUCGCGCGCUGCAGCCCGCCGCCGCCUCGCUGUGGCUCGCCGCCGCCACGCCCUACUGCGGCUUCCUCCCCUCCG